AUGAAAUCCGGAAAAGACCCUCCUCAAGAAGACAAAGUGGAGGAAAAAGACGAGUUUGGUUCGAAGAAAGGCGUCUCGCCAUCUGCUAAUAAUUCGAAAGCAGAUGGGAUGAAUAGUGAUAAAGCUAGUGCUAUAAGGUCGAAACACUCAGUUACUGAGCAGCGGAGGAGGAGCAAGAUCAAUGAGAGAUUUUCGAUUCUGAGGGAACUGAUACCGCACAGUGAUCAGAAGAGAGACACAGCAUCAUUUUUGUUAGAGGUGAUUGAGUAUGUGCAAUUUUUACAGGAAAAGGUCCAUAGGUAUGAGGGAUCAUAUCAGCCUUGGAGUUCAGAGCCUGCAAAACUGAUGCCGUGGAGAAACAGUCACUGGCGAAAUUUUGCAAGCCCGUCGCAGACUGUGAAAAAUGGCUCUGAUCCUGGCCUGCCUCCUGCAUUCCCCAUGAGGUUCGAUGAAAAUAGUGCUGCGGGUCCAGCAACCGUACAACCGGGCCUGCAUAACCAGCCCAUCGAGCCCGAACAUGGUAGGGGUGGCCCAAUGGGCCCUGUGUUUGUGCAAGGGACCACGCCUGUUUCCAUUGAAAAUGAUGGCUCAUUCUCGAAUACGUUGCAUGAGCCCGGGGACCCACUUUCGGAUUCACACUCGACUGAAUGUCCUGAUGCUAUGAACCUCCAAGAUGAUCUGAUGAUUGAGGGCGGGACAAUUAGCAUCUCCAGUGUUUACUCCCAAGGGUUACUGAAUUCAUUGUCACAAGCACUACAGAGCACAGGUGUGGAUUUGUCUCAAGCCAGCAUAUCAGUCCAGAUUAAUCUUGGAAAACGAGCACAGAGAGGAUCAAUUGCUAAGGAUCAGGGUAUUUCAAUGCCUUCUGGAGACUUGCCAGGUGGAACAUUUCAAGACAUGGGCAACAGUGAAGACUUAGAUGAAGCCCAGAAAAGGCAGAAGAUUUGA